CCUCCAGGCCUCAGAGCGGAAGGAGACGGUGACGUCACAGCGGGAGCAAGUGCAGCGGCCACAUCUCGUCCUAGUCUGGCCACAGGGCACUUAGGGCAAUCUCUGGGCUGGCGGUGAGGGACGCGCCUCCCGGCCGGUCAGGGCCCCACCCACGACACUCCAUUGGUGGAGAUCAGCAGUCCCAGAUCCGCAGAGACUGUUGGGGCCUGCGAGACCUUUGGAGGCCACGCCAAGAAAAGGGAAGCAUCGUCUUAAGACCCUCCUCGGUGCAGCCUCGCCCAGGACCCGGGAGCCACGAGUCAGGUGGCAAACGCCGCCUUCUGCUUCCCCAGCACGCGUAAGUCCCUGGGAAUCUUCGACCCCACUCAGAGGGAGCCACGGAAGCCCUGAUUGUCACUGCACAGCCCUGUAGGCAGGGGCUGGGGGCAUCCUUCACUGAGCUGGACGAAGGGGGCCUGGGAGCGGCCUCUGGCCCCUGAGGCCUCACUCUCUCUCCUAGCCUUUGGGAAGGAAUCCCGGCAACCUGGAUACUUCCGUGGAUUCCCGAGGCAGCUCAGGUGUGCGUCAGCGGGCAUACUGCUGCCUCAAAGAGUUGGGGAAGAUGCUGUUUGGCGUGAAGGACAUUGCCCUGUUGGAGCAUGGGUGCAAGGCCCUGGAGGUGGACAGUCACAAGUCCCUGAUGAUCCUGGGGAUUCCCGAGGACUGCAACCAUGAGGAAUUCGAAGAGAUUAUUCGGCUGCCCCUCAAACCUCUAGGCAAGUUCGAAGUGGCUGGGAAGGCCUAUCUGGAAGAAGAUAAAUCCAAGGCGGCCAUCAUUGAGCUGACGGAGGACAUCAAUUACGCCGUGGUCCCCAGGGAGAUCAAGGGCAAGGGCGGUGUGUGGAGAGUGGUCUACAUGCCCCGGAAGCAGGACAUCGAAUUCCUGACCAAGCUGAACCUCUUUCUGCAGAGCGAAGGGAGGACGGUCGAGGAUGUGGCGCGGGUCCUGAGGCAGGAACUGUGUCUCCCAGAGACGGGCCCCGGAGAGCUGCCUGCAAGGAAGUGCCGUGUGCCUGGGCUGGGGGAGAAGCCGGAGGCUGCGGCCACUGUCCGGAUGGACGUGGUGCCACCUCCGGACUCCUCGGAGAAGGAGAGCAAGGCUGGAGACGGCAAGAGGGGCAAAAGGAAGAACAAGAAAAACCGCCGGCGGCGUCACGCCUCGGACAAGAAGCUGUGAGGUGGUGGUGGCAUUGGGCAGGCGUGGGGGGUGACCGUGGGAGGGUAGGUACCACGUGAGUACAUUUAAGGAGUAUGAGUGAGUGGGUAAUACAAGUGAGGACAGGAAUGACUCUAGUGAAUGAGUAACUUUUGAGCGAGAAUGGGCAUCCUUUGGAUAGCACAGGUAACAUCUGACUAGUGUGAAAUAUCUUUAUCUGAGCUAACUAACUUGUGAGUUACAUCUGAGUGUGUGUGGUUAACUUCUGGCUACCCUUGGCUCAUUCAUUCAUCCUACAGAUAUUUACUGUGCACCUAUUAUGUCCCAGGUACUAUUCUAGGAGCUGGGGAUACGGAAGGGAGUAAACUCAACAAAAAUCCCUGCCUUCAUGGCACUCAGAGUAAGUGGGUAAUAUUUAAAUUACUUGGAGACAUCGGAGUGAGCGUAGGGUAGCAUUUGAGUAGAUGUGGGUAACAGUUGAAUGUUCACAAAAUCUGGUUGAGUGUGGAUUACUCCUUCAACCAACAAAAUUUCCUGAGGCCCUACUGUGUGCCAGGCUCUGGGGAUACAGAAGGGGAAUAAAACAGACCAACACCUUGCCCAUGACUGUCAUACUACAUAUUUGAGUAGGUACAGGUAGCAUUUGGGUUACCUGAAUACACAUUAGUGAGUGCGGGUAGCAUCCGUGUAUAAUUGAGAGCAGUUGUGGGUAAUAUUUGAGAGUGUGCGAGUAACACCUAAUAUGCGUAUCGGUAUCAUUUGAGUGGAUGAGAGUAAUUUGUAAGUGAAGAAGGGUCUCAAAGACCUACCUACAAACAUCUUCCGCCACCCGGGAGACCCGGCGGGACCAGCCGCGCAGGCGCAGUCGGAGCCAGAGGCUAGCAGCGCGUCUGACCGUUGCUAUGGAGACCAAGGCUUUUCCCCCAGGCGCCUGCGCCCUUUGCAGAAAAUGGAGGAGGGGACAACAGGGUCCCGGAUUCCAAGGUUUUGGAGAUCUCUUACUGGAGUUGAAGAAAACCCGGGCAGAUCCAGGAGGAACAUGUCAGGGAGAUCUCUACUCGGGUGAAACGCCGCCAUUCCCCUUCGGCUGUCACCCGCGGCCUGAUGCUGGGACUGCCUCUCCUGCUGGGGGGAGGCUGGCGGCACAGACCCCUCUAGCAGUGCGCCCUCCUGGAAAUCCUGUUAUUGUAAAGUCUAGAGCCGUUUUCUGUGUUUCAAAAGCAUGUACCUUCAAUGUAACUCGGGCACAAACUUGUCCGGAGUGGGAUACCCUGUUUUGCGCAUAUCAAGCAGAAACCACGGGUGAGAGUGAGUUGCCUGCUCUCCACCUCUGAGGAACUUGCUGAUCUGUAAAUGGCUCUUGAAAAGCUGUCGCCAUUCUCUACACGCUGAGUCUCUUACAGAAGCGGUCAGAGAUUUUCUGGACAAGUCAAAGUGUAUUUUGGGACUGCAAUGCAAGUUGUCAUGUAAAACUGUCACCAUUUGAAGCUACUUAACUGAGUCAAGACAUCACUGGUAGGGCAAAUCCCAAGCAAAAAUUCCCAAGUAAAUUGAAUGUGCCGGCUGUUGGAGGGCUGCAUCUGGCCUCUGUAAACCCCUGACCUCAAAAGUGGGUUCAGCUAAAACUCUUCAUUGUUCUUUGUGAUUGAGAUGCUCUGUUGUACAAAUAUGAACUCAUAAAAUAAAUGUAUGCUAAUGAAA